GCCUGACGGCGACGAGCUUUGGACGAGAUCGCACUCGCACUCGCACGCCGAUCCCGAUAAAAAGAUCGGCGCGGGCUGCCUACUAGUAAUAAUAUCUCCGGUAGAGGCCGGGCCAGCCUGUCUGACGUCACACUAGCAGCGAAGCCCAAGCAGCCGACGGAAUCCCGAAUCCCCACCCACCCGCCUCCUCCUCCUCUCGUCCGCCCCUCCUCCGAUGGCGGCGUGGGCUGACGCCGCGCUGCUCCGCGCCUCCUCCUCCCCCGCCUCCGCCACCGCCGCCGCGUCCUCCUCCUCCUCGUCCUGCUGCCUCGCCAGGCCGCGCGCAUCCCUGGAGUCCAGGCUACACCGCCGCAAGAGCUUUCUUUAUACCAGUAGCCCCAAAUCUGGUUUCCUAAUUAAUAGUUGUCGAGCAAGGAGCUUGAAGGUUAAAGCAAAAAUGGAUUCUGGUGAUGGCCUUACAAGACUUGCUCCACUUAUGUUUGAAACUCCAAGCGGUCAACUUCUGGUCCAGAUACUCCAAUCACACCCUCACCUACUUCCUGCAACAGUUGACCAGCAACUUGAAAACCUUCAAUCAGAGAAAGAUGCUCAAGAGAAAGAAGCCUCGAAAGUUCCCCAGGACCUCCUUUACAAGAGAAUAGCAGAAGUCAAAGAGAAGGAAAGGCAGAACACCUUGGAAGAGAUCAUCUACUGUUGGAUUAUUUAUAAGUUCAUGGAGAAUGACAUAUCAAUGACACCUGCAUUAGCACCAUUAGGUGGCCCUGUACGUGACAUCUCCUCAUUGCCUAACCAAGAGGAUAGGUUGCAAAGCAUACAUUCCCCGGACGCUCUUGAGAUGAUACAAAAUCAUCUCAACCUUAUAAUGGGUGAAAAGGUAGCAGCCCCACUAGAUACAGUUGUUGAAAUCAGCAACUUAAAUCUGGGAAAGCUUUAUGCAGCAUCCAUCAUGUAUGGCUACUUCCUAAAGAGGGUAGAUGAGCGAUUCCAACUCGAGAAGAACAUGAAGACUCUCCCGCCAAAUCCUAAGCAACAGAUAGUACUUGAAAACCUGAAGCCUAAUCCAUUCUGGGAUAUGGAAUCAUUGGUGCAAAUUACACCUGAUGGGGAGGAGAUCGAUUUGGAUGAUGAAGAAUCAAAUCCAAACAAGCUGAGGUCCUAUGUUUCACGCUUGGAUGCUGAUACGUUGCAAAGGUAUGCUACUAUCAGAUCAAAAGAGGCCGUCUCACUGAUAGAGAAGCAAACACAGGCGUUGUUUGGACGGCCAGAUAUUAAAGUCUUAGAUGAUGGCUCUGUCAAUGCAAAGGAUGGUCAAAUGAUAACAAUAACUUUCAUAGAACUCACCCAUCUUGUUUUGGAGGCAGCUGCUUUUGGAUCCUUUUUGUGGGAAGCUGAGAGUCAUGUAGAAUCCAAAUACCAUUUUGUUAACAGUUAAUCGUGUAUUCGUUAAUCUGGAAAUGAUUUGUGUACACUGGAUAGGAUAGGAUCCAGCUCUGAUAUGCUUUCAGUAUGAGCGAUGAGCGAAGCCGCAACAGCCAUGGAGCAUAAAUCAAAUCAUCCUUGUCCAUUUCUCCAUGCUCCUAAGGCCCUAACAGAUUUGUUGUGUUAAAGAGCAUCACCAACAGUCUACCUAUAUGAUUCCCAAAACUGAUUUUGAGGGAUUUUAGUUCAAAAAUAA